AUGUCAUUCGAUAGGCUAUCGUCCCUGGAAGCGCAGCCAUCAGGCAGGCGCCAAGCGGACUCUGAGUAUCAUGAUGAUCCGGAGUUUCAACGCCUGACCGACUUCCUUUCUAAUAAAAUAUUCACUUUGACCUCUAAUAUUACUCGGCUAUCCAACCAAAUAUCACUUCUUGGGACAAAGCGAGAUACAGACCGUGCAAGAGAGAGAGUACACAAUCUUCUUGAGGAGACAAGAGAGGGGUUCCGGGAAGCCGGGGAAGGGGUCAAGAAGAUUCAGGCAUGGGAGGAUGUCACUCCUGCUCAAAAAUGGACGCAAGACAACCUUUCAUCCAAAUUCAAAUCUACCCUUGACGAAUUUCAAGCCGUCCAGCGCCGGGCCCUUGAAAAACAACGCGCAUCCACCGCAGCUGCACGAACGGCCAUAGAGGAAUCCACUGCACGCGCUGGCCCCGAAGGCGAGGAAAGCCAGAGUCUACAGCAACUCCAGGAGCAACCUCGUCUCGCUUCGCAAGACGAUGUUGAUUUCCAAGAAGCGCUCAUUAUCGAACGUGAAGCUGAAAUCCGAAAUAUUGAACAGAGCGUCGGGGAACUCAACGAGCUAUUCCGAGACGUUGGUCAUAUUGUUCGAGAACAAGGCGGACAAAUAGACAUCAUCAGCGAGAACGUAUACAACACCAGAGAUGACACAAGAGGAGCAGAGCGUGAGCUUCGAACUGCGAGCAGGCAUCAGAAGAAUGCUCGGAACAAAAUGUGCUGCCUCCUAGUCAUCAUGGCUAUCAUCCUAGUUAUUAUUGUGCUGGCAGUUGUGCUAAGUUGA